GAACCGAGCCAAACCCCGCUGGUGCGUGCGCGCGCGUCGCCCCCCACCUCUUGCCCGCCUCGCCGCCCUCCCAUUCCGCCGCCGCGGGCGCGACGGGGAGGCAAGCAGGCAGGUCGGAAGCGGCGGCGGCGGCGGCGGCUGCGUCAACUCGCACCAGUCCUGCCCGCGAGCUAGGCGCAGGCUGAGGCGGGGAGGAGGCGGCGGCGGGCGGGGGGUGUUUCCGGCGAGCAGGAGGGCCGGGGAUGGGGCUCAACGGCGCGGUGUCGGGGGUGGUGUCGAGGAAGGUGCUGCCGGCGUGCGGCGGGCUCUGCUACCUCUGCCCUUCGCUGCGCGCCCGCUCCAGGCAGCCCGUCAAGCGCUACAAGAAGAUCAUCGCCGACAUCUUCCCCUCGGCACAGGAAGAUGAACCAAAUGAGAGGAGGAUUGGGAAACUGUGUGAGUAUGUUGCUAGAAACCCUCAUCGCGUGCCAAAGAUCACGGAUUACUUGGAGCAAAGGUGUUACAAGGAGUUAAGACGUGAGCAGUAUGGCUAUGCAAAAGUAAUUGUGCUAAUAUACCGCAGGCUAUUGGUAUCUUGUAAAGAACAGAUACCGUUACUUGCUAGUAGCUUAUUAAACAUCAUACACACACUUUUGGAUCAAUCAAGGCAGGAUGACAUGAGCAUCAUCGGCUGUGAAACCUUGUUUGAUUUUGUUGUCACUCAGGUGGAUGGUACAUAUCAGUUCAAUUUGGAAGAACUUGUUCCAAGACUCUGCAAACUUUCUCAAGUAGUACGGGAGGAUGAGAAGGCUAAUGCACUCCGUGCAGCAGCCCUGCAAUCUCUUUCUGCUAUGGUCUGGUUCAUGGGUGAGCAUUCUCAUAUCUCAUCCGAGUUUGAUAAUGUUGUCCAAGCAGUACUGGAAAGCUAUGAGCCUGAAAAGGUGCAAAAGGACAAUAGAGCCAUUGAAAAUCCAUGUGGUCAGUGGGUGGAAGAAGUCCUUAAAAUAGAGGGUCAUGCCUCUCCAUCUCCAUUUGCCAUCUCUAAGAUACCUACUUGGAAGAGCAUAGUUGGUGAUAAUUGUGGAAUUCAUCUGCCUAUGGAAGACGCCAAAGGUCCUUAUUUUUGGUCAAGGAUCUGUGUGCAUAACAUGGCCACGCUGUCCAGGGAGGCAACCACAUUCCGCCGUGUUAUGGAUUCCCUAUUUCGCCACUUCGAUUAUACUAAUUCAUGGUCAUCCAAGAAUGGUCUUGCACUUUGUGUUCUAUUGGACAUGCAAAUGUUCAUGGAAAACUCAGGGAAAAACAUUAAUCUGAUGAUACCAGUAGUAAAGCAUCUUGAACACAAAGCCAUACUGAACCAACCUGAGAUGCAACUCAGCAUUGUGGAAGUGAUAUCUGCUCUUGCAGAACAAUCAAGAGCUCAAGCUUCAACAGCAACCAUUGGUGCUAUAAGUGAUCUUGUGAGGCAUAUGAAAAAGACACUGCAUGUUGCUCUUGGCAGCAAAGAUUUGGAGGUGGUAAAGUGGAAUGACAAACUCCGGAAGGCUUUUGAUGAGUGCAUAGUCCAGCUGUCGAAGAAGGUAGGUGAUGCUGGACCAGUUCUUGACAUGAUGUCUGUGAUGCUAGAGAACAUAUCACGCACUCCUCUUGUUGCUAUAGCAACUACCUCUGCUGUUUAUCGCACGGCUCAAAUAAUUGCUUCUAUACCAAAUUUGUCGUAUAAGAACAAGGUAUUCCCAGAAGCGCUUUUUCAUCAAUUACUUUUAGCAAUGGUUCACCCUGAUCAUGAAACACGUGUUGCUGCACACCGCAUAUUUUCUGUUGUCAUUGUCCCAUCUUCUGUUUCUCCCUUCCCCAAUUUGAAAUCCCCAGAUCAGCGUAGAAAGCAUGAGGUUCAGAGGACACUCUCGAGGGCUGUAUCUGUCUUCUCAUCGUCGGCUGCUUUGUUUGAUAAGUUGAGAUGGGAGAAGAACUCCUUUAGAGAAAAUAUACAUGAAGGAAUCAUGAACAGAAUUUUGCAUGGUAUUGAUGAUGAAACUGCUACUCCCAAUGACUUGCAAGGCUCACAAAGUUUGAGACACAGCCUCAAAGUUUCUUCAGCGUCUCAAAAAUAUUCUUCAACAUCCUUAAAGGAAAGCCUAAUCUCGUUGACUGAGGCAACCAAUGAAACAGAACCAACUGUGUUAAGACUAAGCGGUCAUCAGGCUGCACUUCUGCUCUCAUCUAUCUGGGCUCAAGCGAUCUCUCCAAAAAAUACUCCUCGAAAUUAUGAAGCUAUUGCUCAUACUUAUUGUUUGCUUCUAUUAUUUCUAGGAUCAAAGGCAUCAAUUUUUGAGGGUCUUGCUCCCAGUUUUCAGAUUGCAUUUUCUUUAAUGAGCCAUUCAUUUGGAAGAACAGAUUCAUUGUCACCAUCUCGCCGUCGGUCCUUGUUUACUCUGGCUACAUCGAUGAUUGUUUUUGCUUCAAGAGCUUUCAACAUAGCACCUCUUUUGCCAAUUUGUAGAUCAAUGCUCAGUGAUGGAACGAUGGAUCCAUUCCUUCGUUUAGUACAUGACAACAAACUUCAGGUUGUGAAGGAUUAUCAAGAAAUAUCCUAUGGCUCAAUAGAGGACAAUGAAAGUGCCUUGAGGUCUCUUUCAGCAGUAGAACUAACAGAGAGAAACUCUCGAGAAUCCAUGGUCUCCACGAUUAUGAAUUCCAUAGCAGAUAUACCAGAUUCAGAGUUGGAAAAUAUAAGAAGUCAACUGCUAAGUGACUUCUCUCCUGAUGACAUGUGUCCAACUAGUGCUCACUUUUUUGAAUCGCCCGGCAAGAAUUCAGAGUCAAGGUAUGAUGAUGAUACCAACUAUCAAGAGGCUGAACUUAUCGAUGUGACAAAUGACAACUAUACGUUUACGGAAGUCUCUGCAACUACACCAGGUGUCCCUGUGAUCACAACAAACCUGUUGAGUAUUGAUGAACUUCUAGAAACAGUGGUCAAUGACACAUCAUCUCAGACCCAAAGAUGCUCAGUACCAGCGGCCCGGGACAUCCCAUUCCAGGAGAUGACUAGCCACUGCGAGGCCAUUUCAAUGGGAAAGCACCACAAGAUGUCUGUCCUCAUGAGCUUCAAGCACAGCAGGCAAGCGUCCAUUGUGACGAACUACCAGGUUAACCACAUCGAAGCAGGCUAUGCCUCUAACAAGCAGAACACGACGAACCCGUUCCUCCAGCAGAUCCUGGAUGGCUACCCGCAGAGCAUGACUGCCGGCGGCGGUGAGCCACAGACUGAUGGUGGCGUCCGGCAGCAGCUACUGAGGCUGCCGGCGUCGAGCCCGUACGACAACUUCCUCAAGGCUGCUGGCUGCUGAUUCUUCGCCUGCAGAAACCCCGCCUCGUAACUGAAGGCAUACGCAACAGUGUGGAUACUGAGUUUACAGCUGAUGGGUAACAGGCCAAAGUCGCCAUUCUGCUGCAGACCUGCCGUACGGCCGUAUCCGUGUGACUUGUGGGGAAAAAAAGAAAAGCGAAAAGGGGCACACGCAACUCAUCGCGUUCAUGGUCGUUGCUGUAUUUGUAAAAGAAAGCUGCCCGCCUCGACCGUACAAUCUAAACAAGAGCGUUACAUGCGGAGUUUUUGUUUUUAUGAUAUCAUGCAGAAUGGUCAGGGAUGAGGUUUUGUUUUCUUGCUGGGUCGAUCCAAAAACUGUUUUGAUCGAACUAAUUUGGAUUUCAAAGCUGAGAAAAUACCGCUAGACUAAA